AUGCCGCCAAAACGAAAGCGGUCCACCACUGUAUCUUCGGUCAAGAAAGACGCCAUGGACGCUGUGCAGCCCUCAUCGCGCGACGCCUCGGACGAGGGUGCCGAGGACCCUGUUCUCCAGGCCGUCGCGUCCAAGAAGGAGCGCCAGGCCGAUGCUAAUGGCACCACCACCACCAAGCGGGUUCGCGUUAAGAGCGCCCACGGCGACGAAGAUACCGACGAGGAUGAGCGCGCGAGCAAGAAGAGCCGGCGCACGUCAUCGCUCGCCGGCGACGACCACGGCGAGGGUGGUGAAGCCGGCAGCAUGCGCAUGGAGCCUCCGCCCAAAGCUGGCCUGGUCGACCCCGUAGGCUACAAGACGAACCCGCCGCCAGAGGGACGCCCGGUCAGGAUAUACGCAGACGGUGUUUUCGACCUCUUCCACAUUGGCCACAUGCGCGCCCUCCAGCAGGCCAAGACGGCCUUCCCCAACGUCCAGCUUAUAGUUGGCGUUACUGGUAACAAGGAGACACAUAAGCGCAAGGGUCUUACCGUCUUGUCGGCGAGAGAACGUGCUGAGAGCGUGCGCCAUUGCAAAUGGGUCGACGAGGUUAUCGAGGACUGCCCGUGGAUCGUGACCGCCGAGUUCCUGUUGAAGCACAACAUUGACUACGUCGCCCACGACGAUCUUCCCUACGGCGCAGACGAGGGUGACGAUAUCUACGGCCCGAUCAAGGAGCGAGGCAUGUUCCUCGUCACCCAAAGAACUGAGGGUCUCAGCACAACAGGUAUCAUCACAAAAAUCGUCCGCGACUACGACCAAUACAUCGACCGUCAACUCAAACGCGGCACUUCCCGCAAAGAACUCAACGUCUCCUGGCUCAAGAAGAACGAGCUCGACGUCAAGCGCACCAUGGCCGAGCUGCGCGACAGCAUCAAAGCAAACUGGACAACAACCGGCCAGGAACUCAGCAAAGACUUCCGCCAAUUCUGGCAAUCGAGUCGCCCUGCAUCCCCUGCCCGCACACCCACGCGCGAGCAGUCGCAGGCGGAAACCAUGGAAGCAGCCACGGUUGCUCGUUCUCCUUCUGCGAUUUCGCGACUCAGUCACCUUGAUAUUCCGAGGGCGAAUAAUACGAGGGAGAGUAGCGAGUUUGCCGCUGGGUAUAAUUUGGGUUUGAUUGGUGGUGUGAGGUCUUGGAUGGCACGCUCCCGCCGCAACCUAAACGACAGCCGCCCGCAAUCCCCCAUCGACGACAGCUCCGACGAACAGGAAGCUAGGAGUCCCCAACAACACAAAGGAGAACAGCAACAGCAGGAAGUCACCCGUGGUCGUACGGGUAAACAGACGAAGAGCGAGCCGGCUAUGGAUACUGCGGCUUAG